AUGGAGGAGGAGGGGGGAGGGGACGAGGAUGAGGAGAGUAUGAUGCCCAGUGUGCACAGGCUGGGGGCAGCUGACAUAGCGGAAAAAUCUGUGAAUGCUAUCGGCAAUGAACCUGCUUCUUUUGACACCUUCAUCCCUCCUCUGGCUCGUGAGCCUUCUCUGCAGGCCUGUGAUGAUCUGGCACCAGAACCACCUUCAAAGUGUGCACGGGUUGAAGACACAGUUGAUGAAGAUAACAUACUAUCAGGGCGCUUCUAUGAGGAGUACACACACCAUGCUGUGGUGACUGCCCAUGCACAUGGCCAGAUGGUGUUUGCAACUUAUCAUGAGCGAGUACACGAAGCCAACGCAAGUGAAUACGCACCUUUCAAGGAUCAGGAAGAAUGGGAAUUGGCUGAAUGGUUGAUGAAGAAUCUUGGUCAGAAUAGAAUUGAUGAAUAUCUGGCGCUGCCCAUUAUGCAGAAGCGCUGA